AUGUUGGGAAGAUCACUCACACUCGUUGGUAACUCGACAAGACAGCUUAUCACAAGAUCAUUGUUGUCAUCAUCAACACUGUGCAAUAACAGCAGAUGGAUGUCAACAGCUGCACCACAGACGAAUAACUUGGGAGCAUCAUACACAGCAGCACCACCAGCUAGACCAUCUCCACAGAGAGGUCGUCGCCCAAACAAGCAGAAGUCACCAUCGUUCCCACAGUACGCUCACAUCCCACGUCUGGCAACAGAGGGUAUGCAGCGUGUCACAGAGAUGGGCUUCAACUACUAUCUGAUCGACGUGCGUCCCGCCGAGCAGUUCCAGCAAGAGGCUGUUAUGGGCAGCGUUAACUUCCCCUCCGCGCAGGGCUUCUCUGCCGAGACCCUGAAGGCUCUGGACAAGUCGUCGAUGGUGCUGUUGAUGGGACCCAAGGAGAAGGGUUACCCCGCUGCAUGUGAGGCUGCACUCGAGUUCACCAAGCAGGGCUUCAAGUCUGUGAUCGUCGUUGAGAGCAGUGUCAAGGAGUUGGUCGACAAUGGUUUCUUCUACAGCAGCGAGAAGGACACAUUA